AAUGCAUCCUGCAGGCCAACACACGUCUGCAGCCGGCAGAAAGCAGAACCUCCACAGACUUCCACUGCAGUCUGACAGUGAUCUGCUGAGAGGAGAUGAGAGGGUACCGAGGCAUCAAGUACACUUUAUUCAUCUGCUGCUACGUCUUCUGGGUUGUGAGCGCCGUCCUCGCAGCAGUCGGGAUCUAUGCCAAGAUUGCAAAAGAGAAAGAUGUGGUUGACACCCUGAUGUUAGAUCCAGCUCUGCUCCUGAUCGUCGUUGGCUCCACAAUGUUUCUAAUCACGUUCCUCGGAUGUUUCGGGGCGCUGCGUAACGCCACCUGCCUGCUGAAGACGUUUCUGGGGAUCCUGACCGCCGUCCUCCUCCUGCAGAUCGCGGCUGGGAUCGUUGGAUACCUCUUCACUGACAUGGUGAUGGAGAGGACAGAGAGGCUGAUGAUGAAGGCCAUCGUCCGCUACAGGGAGGACCGGGACCUGGAGAACGCCAUUGACUUCAUCCAGAAGAAGUUUCAGUGCUGCGGAGUCGAGAGCUUUAAGGACUGGUCCCAAAACGUCUACUUUGAGUGUUUGGACACCAACCCCAGUCUGGAGGCCUGUGGAGUUCCCUUCUCCUGCUGCAUUCGCCCACAGAACCAGACGGUGCUGAACACCAUGUGUGGGUACGGGAUGCAGCAGCUGGACGAGCAUACGGCCGGUCUGGACGUCUUCACCGUUGGCUGCCUGGAGAAGAUCGCCUGGUGGGCCAAACACAACCUGCUGCUGGUGGCCGGUCUGACCGCCGGCCUGCUGCUGCUCGAGGUCUGCAUGAUCGGCCUGGCUGCGGCUCAAAUCUCCAGGAUAAAGAAAGUCCUGCACCUUAAGAGCGCUCCCGGGAGCCGGUCUGGAAAAAAGGAAAACGACUGGUAUCCUGCUUUUGCAGACUUUGAUGACCGUGGAGACGAAUAAUCUCUGACCGAUUUCUCUAAUCAGGGUCUUUCAUUCAUUCUGGGUCAGAUAAAAAUGACAACAGCUGAAUGUUGAUCAAAUGGAGCAAAAGAUGCUCUGUUCAUUGAAAUAUUAGCAGAGUGAACAGGUUUAACGUCUUGUGAACAGGUUUAACGCCUCAGAGGUGUGGGCGGUUGAACUACUACCUCAUGUAAAACCAUCUUUAUCAUAUUUACUUCUUUUUUUGUCAUCAACGUUAUGUGAAAGAUAUAUUUUUCUAUAAAAAGCUGUUACUUGUAAAUUCAUUUAAAUUGAACAACAUUUGUUGUGUUUCAUGCUGGUUUGUAGCUAUAACAUACGCAAAAUGUGCCAUAAUUUAAAGGGAUCACACAAAGUAAUGUUGCAUAAUGUAUAUGAACCAAGUAAUCAUGAACGAGCGAUGAAUUUAAAAAAAUGCCAAAGCCCACACAGGGUGGACAGGAGGU